AUGGUGACGGUGUAUGUAGAAGAGCUUGUGGAUGGCUCGGAGCCGGUGUCCGCUCCAAUGGUCGGGCCCUCGGGUAUUUUUGAGCGCGAGAGUUUGUCGUCGCUCCUAUACAUGAUGGACCACCCCCCGACAAGAGACUCGUCGAUCAUUGCCCAGCUCGAGCAGCUGAUGGACGAAGACGUCUUUACUGAUGCAAUGGGACGCCGUCUGCUCGCUGUGCGUGGAGACGAUGUGGAUGAUGAACGCAUCAUUGCUGCCCAAUACCUGCUUGACCACGACGACUUGGACGAGGAGGCGUUCACAUUCGAACAGCCCUUCCUUUCGAGCCGUGCGCCGAGCUCGGCCCUUGGCCCCUGGCUGCACCGCCUUGCCCUCGGCCUUGAAGAUACCUCGUCGACGCUGCGUCUUUUGCCCGGCGGCUAUAUUGCGAAUGCGCCCGACGACGAUGACGACGACGAAGAGCUGCCUGACCAGGACGACGACGAAGAGGACGACGACGACCUGGAAGAGAUCGGCGAGGACGAAGACUACCUGGACUGGCUGGGUACUCAGCUGUACAACUACCAUGCAGGUGCGCCCUGCUAUAUUAUCGAUGCGGACCUCUCUACACGCUGGUGGAAGCAAUGA